AUGAAGUCUGAUUCUGUUGCCAUGACGUCUCUUGCUGGGGAGCGUAAGCAGGGGACGGUGGGCAUCUUUGGCACAGGGGACUUUGGACGCUCUCUGGGGCCUCGUCUGCUCCAGGCAGGAUAUGAGGUCGUGUUUGGGUCACGUGACCCCAAGAACUCGGCAUUGGUGGCCAAGGGUUCAAAGGUCAUGACCCACACAGAGGCAGCUCAGAUGGCUCAGGUGAUCUUUAUAGCCGUGCAGCGCGAUCACUAUGACUUCCUGACCUCGCUGACCCCUGCUCUGGAGGGCAAGGUGCUGGUGGACAUCAGCAACAACCUGAAGAGGGGCCAGUUCCCACAAUCCAACGCUGAGUACCUGAGCAGCCUGGUGCCGGGAGCGUCUGUGGUGAAAGGCUUCAACACAGUGUCAGCCUGGGCCCUGCAGUCAGGGGCGCUGGACGCCAGCCGACAGGUGUUGGUGUGCGGGGAUGACCCCAAAGCUAAGCAAGCAGUAGUGGACAUUGCCCACAGUCUGGGGCUGAGUGCCCAGGACAGGGGCUCCCUUGGUGCUGCUGGGGAGUUGGAGGACAUCCCCCUGCAGCUCUUCCCCAACUGGAGGCUCCCGCUCUUGAUUGCCACGGGGCUGACCGCCUUCUUCUUCUUCUACCUGCUCAUCCGCGACGUCAUCUACUCUUACGUCGUGGAUGGAAAAGACCGCUCCUUCCGGAUCAUGAUCUCACUGGCCAACAAAGUGUUCCCCAUCGUCUCGCUGACCAUGCUGGCUCUGUGCUACCUGCCCAGCGUUCUGGCGGCCAUCUUGCAGCUGUACAACGGCACCAAGUACAAGCGUUUCCCUGAUUGGCUGGACCGCUGGAUGCUGUGCAGGAAGCAGCUGGGAUUGGUGGCUUUGGCUCUGGCCUUCCUGCAUGUGAUCUAUACCUUAGUCAUUCCUAUCAGAUACUACGUCAGGUACAAGAUAGCUGCUAGCACCAUCUCACAGAGCAAAGACAAUGUAACAAAACCGUUUGACAACACAAUGGCCUGGCGGGGAGACUCCUACUACUCUCUUGGAAUUCUGGGAUUUGGCCUUUAUGUGUUGCUGGGAAUCACCUCUCUGCCCUCUGUUAGCAAUGCACUCAACUGGAGGGAGUUCCGCUUUGUACAGUCUAAACUAGGUCAUGUGACUCUGCUGUUUUGCACCGCCCACGCUCUACUAUACGGCUGGGAUAAAUUCCUCCGGCCGUACAAGUGGUGCAUGCCACCUGGCUACAUGUUGUCCCUGGUGGUCCCCUGUGUGGUGCUGGUCUCCAAGUUGAUCCUGAUCAUGCCAUGUGUCGACCGCGCCAUCACCCGGAUUCGCCAGGGAUGGGAAAGACCAACCAAAGGCACUGCACUGAGCAACGGCACUACUCAACAACGCCUUAUGGCAUAGAUUAGAGUUUAUGAAAACAUCUAUAUAUUUUUGUAUUUGAUAAGUUUUAGAGUAUAUAAUCUGAUUUUGAUACAGCAAAAUGAUAACAAAGUGUCUAAGUAUAUAAAGUUUGUACUUUGUUCAACUGUUUUAUGUAGGAAAUGCUGAUGAUAUUGAUUUUACAGUAGUCAUAUAUUGUGUGUAUUUAGAUUUAUGUGCAUUUUGUGUAGGAUGGUUGAUUAAAUAUCAGAUAUAUCGAAUGGCAUAAUAUAUCUAACAUACACAUGCUCAUAAAUCACAUAAAUCAAACGGCCCAGGGGUGGUCGGCAGAGGUGGGAGUAAGUCACACAUAUGCAAGUCACAAGCAAGUCUCAAGUCUUAACCUUCAAGUCUCAAGCAAGUCCAAGUCAUUUUUUGUGACAAUCAAGCAAGUCAAGUCAAGUCAUAGCUUGGGUCAAGCAAGUCAAAUCAAGUCAUAGCCAAAUCAUACAAAUUCAUGAUGAUUUACCCAGGGGUGCCAUCACUUGUGUGAAAGUAGUAUUGCCAAAUUUCUUGCCAAGCCCAAUGUGUAUUUAUUAUAUCGGAGAAAAUUAAUUCAGAAUGGGUCAUGCAGGAAGCCUACCUAUUUUCUUUGUGAUUGCCUUGAUUACAUUAUAAGACUACAAUCUUAAGGUACACUACUCAGUCAUAGUAAAUUAUUGCUGUUUAGCCAGGUGAAGAAACAUUUUAGCUGCUUUUACAAUUGGGUGCAUAUGUUCCCAUCACAUUUGACAGGUAUAAAACAAUGUAGCAUAUUGUUAAUAGAAUAAAAUUACGUACAAGAGCUAGCCUAGAUAAAAGUUCAGGUCAUACAGAUUUAAAUGAAUAAAUUCACUUUCAUAAAUUUGCAUUGUUAGUUUAAGUAGGCUACUUCUUAUACUUCUUCAUACUAUCCUGUUUUUUUUUAAUACACCCUCUUUAUAAUCAGCUGCCCAUUACUACCAUGCCUAACUGCUGUGGACAUUCAUCUCGACCAAAUGUCGUGUUUUUACUAUAAACUAGGCUACAUCAAUACAAUAUGUGGAUAUUACUUUGGAAUGAUAUAACAAAGCAGUUUAGUUUGUAGGUCCAUAUUUAAACCUGGCCACCUAGCCUACAUUCACAGUUCACAGACUUGCGUACAGAAUGACUUCUAAUUACCUUCAACUAGUGUUAUUGAAAUUGAAGUGUUUGGUGAAAGGCUAUUGAUGUUCAGUUUAACAUUGAAUCAAAAUUACACCUCUCCCUUUUUCUUCUCAAAUAACAUUGUAGGCCCUACACCUGUCUUCCAGUAACAUUGUACAGUAGGCCCUAACUGUUAAAUGACUCAUGGCACUAUGUUUUUAUACUGCACCAAGAUAUAUUGUGUUGGCCACGUCAUUAUUUGUAUUAAGCGCACACACUAAAUGGAAAUCUAGGAUUAGUUUGCAUAAGAUAAGAUAAGAUAAGAUAAGAUAAUACUUUAUUGUCUGUUACACAAAGGUUACAGAAAAUUGUCUUUGACAAGGCUCCAGUCACAAAGAAACAUUCACACAGAUAUAUACAAACAGGCCAUAUUAAGAUUAAACAUUAUUUUAUGUUUUGGUAUAAACGUAGAGCCUUCCAUAUUUGCAAGUUAGCCUAUACCUCAGUCUGUCUCAUUUGAUCUGGCACUUGCUGUUGGUCUGUCGCGUCACUUGGUAACAAUGACAGGUUCGCUCGCGUGACACAUCCAACAGCACCUAAGCAGAUUUUCUAAAAUCGUAAAGUUAACUCCUUAAUAUCUAUGAAAUCAUUAAAAGUCAAGUCAUUUCAAGUCAUUUGUCUCAAGUCUAAGUCAAGUCUCAAGUCAUGAAUAGCAAGUCAAAGUCAAGUCAAGUCUUUUAUACAUGUUGAUCAAGCAAGUCUCAAGUCCUAAAAAAUGUGACUCGAGUCUGACUCGAGUCAAGUCGUGUGACUCGAGUCCCCCAUGUCUGGUGGUCGGUAUUUUUACAUCUGUGCUUUUUUUUGUUCACUUCAGCUGAAAUGGCGCUCUUGGCGCCAUGAUGGUGUUGAGCUUGGGCAAUGUCCCCAGAACCCUGUCAUUUUUUUUGUUUGUUUUUAGAAAAUGAAUGAGCAAUAAACAAUGACUGCUGAGCUCGCCGAGUAGCAUGCUGCUCCUCUAGGCCUCCACCGACGCCAAACGCAGAACACAAACUGUAAUCGGGCUGAAUGGGGCAGAUAAUGAUUACUGCUGCUUUGCUGAGCAGACUGGGCUUCUGUUGCCUGUUCAGAUCUGGCUGAAAGCUACAGUAGCUGGCCCCACGGUCCAGCAAGGCUGCGCUUGGCUCGCCUUGAAUGUUGCUAACGAUAGAUAAUGCCUUCCUCAAUGAUGGAUCGAGCCUAUCGCGGGUUUGGCUGGAGCUCGGGAGUGAAUAAGUACCCCUCGUCCUGAUGAGAUCUUUUCUUCCUUUCGAUGCAUUCAAAUAAGCAACUUGGCCAGACUGGUUCUUUAGUUUUGUAUUUUUUUGUGUCCUCAGAACCUGAUGGUGUUACUCAUUUCGAGAUGAUUAUUCAAGACUCUGUUUCCAAUAUGGAGUAAAAUGCAACAAUGUGCAGUGGAUUCAUGUGUUCUUUUUAAUGUUUGAGGUUCCAUUUAAUAUUUACUUUUCUAAAUUCACCUUAUUUGUCUGGCCUGUCCAAGCUAUUUAUUUAACACCCACAUAUACACAGUGUACAUAUGCCACGUCCAUAAAUUGCUUUCACAUUGUCUUAAUUCGUUAGAAAAUAUAUACAUUAUCAAUAAAGCUUUUUUUCUGCAAAUCUAAA